CAAUAAAAAUACGGUCUCACUGGUUAUGACUAGCCAAAUCUGUUUGUUGCCGAAAAAAUAAGAGAGAAAAGUUGUCAAAUAAGUGCUGUAUUAUAUUAAACCCCGUAUUUAAAUUUUAGAUAAACACAAUGGGUCAAAAUCAAUCGGCUCAGGGGGGAGCUGGAGACAAAAAGGAUGAUAAGGACAAAAAGAAGAAAUAUGAGCCACCAAUUCCUACCCGUGUGGGCAAAAAGAAGCGUCGUGCCAAGGGUCCUGAUGCAGCCAUGAAGCUGCCUCAGGUGACUCCGCAUACUCGCUGCCGCUUGAAGCUGCUCAAACUGGAGCGCAUCAAGGAUUAUCUUAUGAUGGAGGAUGAGUUCAUUCGCAACCAGGAACGACUGAAGCCACAGGACGAAAAGAACGAAGAGGAGCGUUCUAAGGUCGACGACCUGCGAGGCACACCAAUGUCGGUGGGCAAUUUGGAGGAGAUUAUUGAUGACAAUCAUGCCAUUGUGUCUACUUCAGUGGGUUCGGAGCACUAUGUGAGUAUCUUGUCCUUUGUGGACAAAGAUCAAUUGGAGCCUGGCUGCUCUGUGCUCUUGAAUCACAAAGUGCACGCCGUUGUUGGCGUACUAAGCGACGACACAGAUCCCAUGGUCACAGUAAUGAAACUGGAGAAGGCACCCCAAGAGACUUAUGCCGAUAUUGGUGGCCUGGACACCCAGAUACAGGAAAUCAAAGAGUCGGUAGAAUUGCCUUUGACUCAUCCUGAAUACUACGAAGAGAUGGGUAUUAAACCGCCCAAAGGUGUUAUUCUUUAUGGUCCACCAGGCACAGGCAAGACUCUUCUUGCCAAGGCGGUGGCCAAUCAGACCUCUGCAACUUUCCUGCGUGUGGUGGGUUCUGAACUCAUCCAAAAGUAUCUGGGCGAUGGGCCAAAGCUAGUGCGGGAAUUGUUUCGUGUUGCAGAAGAACAUGCGCCGUCAAUUGUGUUCAUCGAUGAGAUUGAUGCUGUUGGAACCAAGCGAUACGAUUCAAAUUCUGGUGGCGAGCGUGAAAUUCAGCGUACUAUGUUGGAAUUGCUCAAUCAGUUGGAUGGCUUUGAUUCGCGUGGCGAUGUCAAAGUUAUUAUGGCCACAAAUCGCAUUGAGACUCUGGAUCCCGCCCUUAUCAGACCUGGACGUAUCGAUCGUAAAAUUGAGUUCCCGUUGCCCGAUGAAAAGACCAAGCGACGUAUUUUCACCAUUCACACAUCUCGAAUGACCCUGGCCGAAGAUGUGAAUCUAAGCGAACUUAUUAUGGCUAAGGAUGAUCUGUCUGGUGCCGACAUCAAGGCCAUUUGCACAGAAGCCGGUCUCAUGGCAUUGCGCGAGCGCCGCAUGAAAGUCACCAACGAGGACUUUAAAAAGUCCAAGGAGAGCGUGCUCUACCGCAAGAAGGAGGGCACGCCCGAAGGAUUGUAUUUAUAAGCUUUUGUUCGAUUAACAUUUCAAUAAUUUUUAAUAGUGUCCUCCUCACAUACAUGCAUAAAAACCCAGAUUAAAGCCAGAAAAUCAUUUGGAAGUGAAUAAACUACUAGUUUCGGGCAACUCUGUACUAAAUUGGCCCAAUAAAUUA